AUGAAUGAAACUAAUAUAGCAUCGAUUGUCUUUGGUAUUGUAGCUGGUUUUUAUAGUACUGUCUUUUUACUUUUUCUAUCGGAUGUUGUUCAUUUAAAUAAAGAAGUAAUGAAAAUGAAAUAUGAAUUAGCCGAUAUUAAAAAUCAAACAAUUACAUUUAAUCAUUCAUUUCUAAUUGAUUCACCAAAAAAUCUUUUAUCAUCAAAAAAAACUAUUUCAGGAAAAAUAUGUUUUUCAUAUAAUGAACAACGUCAAAUACUUGAAUAUAUUAAUUUUAUAUGUAAUAUGGCUAUACUUCUAUUUGGUAGUUAUUCAAUAUAUAUACAUGUUUUAUCAGUUUGGCUCAAUCUUUAUUUUGAAAAAGGUUUACCAAGUGAUAUAUUUUUGUAUAUAUGGAUUGAUGUUAAUUGUGUCGCAUCAAUUAUGCAAGCAAUACGACAGUCAUUAACAGUUGCAACUCAACGACGAAUUAAUCUUAUACGUCCGUCGUUGAUUAUACAACAUGUUCGUUAUGAUAGUAGUGAUUCACGCUCAUCUACAAAUCAAAAUAAAAGUGAAAAACAAUCUGAUGCAAGCAAAGGUAGUAAUUUAAAUAAAACGAAAACGAGUGAUAAAAAACAAAAAGUCAAUACCACUGAUGAUACUAAACAACCUGGUACAACACGAAAAGAUUGGAGCAAACCAAAUCAAGUAGUUUCUAAUGAUCCACCUUAUGGAAAAGCAGGUGGUUCAAUAGAUACUCAUAAUCCUGAUCGUGGAAAAAAAUAA